ACCGACUUUACUGUCUUUCAGAGGCUGUAGCAGGUUCAGUUUUAGAGCUAGAAGGUACAGAUAUCAUAUGAAACUAAAAAACCUAAGGAAUCCAUUGGUACCAACCAUGUGAUGCUAGCAUGUUGGGGGAGGAGGCUCAGUAACUCUCCAAAAUUGGCAUGGCCAUUUUCAAAGGAGUCCCUUGACCUCUGACCUCAAGAUAUGUGAAUGAAAAUGGGUUCUCUUGGUACCAACGAGUGUCCCCUUUACAGACAUGCCCACUUAAUGAUAAUCACAUGCAGUUUGGGGCAAAAACAUGCAGUUUUUUGCACGCAGUAUAAAUGGAAAGUGGUGACGAAGUUCCACAGCAACCCACAGCAGAGCUAUUCUGCAGAGUUCGAGGUCAAAGAAUAUGUGCUGCCCAGUUUUGAGGUUAAACUGAUGCCGGUGAGCCCCUUCUUCUACGUGGACAGUGACGCCCUCACCAUCAACAUCAAAGCUACGUAUCUGUUUGGUGAAGAGGUGGAUGGGACGGCCUACGUGGUGUUUGGGGUUAUGCAAGACGGUCAAAAGAGGAGCUUUCCAGGUUCUUUUCAGAGAGUACAGAGGCAGUGGCAGGUUCAGUUUUAG